GGGCUGGCUUCAGCUUGUCUGUGGAGGGAAGGCCCUACGGAAAGUUAAGUGCACGCUAAGAAGGUGGACAGCAUUGCUGUUCCUUGUGUUUGGAGUGUGUGUAAAGAAAUCUAAGUGGAGAUAAGCGGCUUUGUGUGGCAUGCUUUGGUGGGUGGGUGGGGGGUGUCUCCUAGCAUCCUCCUAUUAAGACAAAACUCUUACAAACUACUGGUCAAGGUCCCUCACUUCCCUUCCCCCAAUGCUAAAUGUCCUGCUUGGAAACCUAGUUCCUUCAGUGAUUCCCUAUUUCAAAUAAAAGGAUUUAAGUUGACGUAUGACCACGUGAGCACAUAAUACCACACAUUAUUGUGGUAUUUGGAGCGGAGACCCAGGCAGGCUUUGCCUGUGGUUUUCUAGAUUCUCUACACAGGGAGAGCUUCCCCUCACCCCACGCACCCACCUCCUCCUUUUCCUUUCCCUUCUCCGGAGAGGGAGAGCACUCUUCCAGCGGUCAGUCGGUCGCAGUUUUCAGCACUCAUGGAGCAGUUCUGGGCCAGCUAACUGAUGGGACUCCAGGCCACACCAGGAGGAUGGAAUUUAUUUUAAGGUCUGCGCGGGGCGACCAUUGGCGGCGGAGCGUCACGUGACCGCAGGGGCGUGCCAAUGUGCGCCCUCACGGGUGUCAAGCCCCCGUCAGAGUGUGCGAUCAAGAUCGUGAAACAACGCGAUGCAAAAAGCGACCUACUACGACAGCUCGGCGAUCUACGGUGGCUACCCCUACCAGGCAGCCAACGGUUUCACUUAUAAUGCCAGUCAGCAGCCGUACGGGGCAUCUGCCACUCUGGGCACCGACGGCGAGUACCACCGACCCGCCUGCUCACUCCAGUCGCCUGCCAGCGCUGGGGGCCACCCCAAGGCCCAUGAGCUGACUGAAGCGUGUCUGCGCACACUGAGCGGCCCGCCCAGCCAGCCCCCAGGCCUGGGCGACUCGCCUUUGCCCCCACCUCCACCCCAGGCCGCGCCCCCGGCCCCACAGCCACCCCAACCCCCACCGCAGGCCCCUGCGCCCACCCCUGCGGCUCCCCAACCCCCUUCAUCGGUCUCCCCCCCUCAGAGUGCCAACAGCAACCCUACCCCUGCCAGCAGAGCCAAGAGCCCCCAACUCAACUCUCCCACGGUGGCCAAACAGAUCUUUCCCUGGAUGAAAGAGUCGAGGCAGAACACAAAGCAAAAAAACAGCGGCUCCAGCUCAGGCGAGAGCUGCGCCGGUGACAAGAGCCCGCCCGGGCAGGCUUCGUCCAAGCGCGCGCGCACGGCCUACACGAGCGCGCAGCUGGUGGAGCUGGAGAAGGAGUUCCACUUCAACCGCUACCUGUGCCGGCCGCGCCGGGUGGAGAUGGCCAACCUGCUGAACCUCACCGAGCGCCAGAUCAAGAUCUGGUUCCAGAACCGGCGCAUGAAGUACAAGAAGGAUCAGAAGGGCAAGGGCGUGCUAACCUCCCCGGGGGGCCAGUCCCCAAGUCGCAGCCCAGUGCCGCCUGGCGCGGGCGGUUAUCUGAACUCAAUGCAUUCGCUGGUGAACAGCGUCCCCUAUGAGCCCCAGUCGCCCCCUCCCUUCUCCAAGGCCCCCCAAGGCACCUAUGGGCUGCCACCCGCCUCCUACCCCGCUCCUCUGCCCAGCUGCGCGCCUCCACCUCCCCCGCAGAAGCGCUACGCGGGUGCGAGCGCAGGGGGCACCCCCGACUACGACCCGCAUGCUCACAGCCUGCAGGGCAAUGGCAGCUAUGGGACCCCACACUUACAGGGAAGCCCCGUCUUCGUGGGGGGCAGCUAUGUGGAGCCCAUGAGCAACUCUGGGCCAGCACUCUUUGGCCUAACUCACCUCCCCCAUGCCACUUCGGCCGCUAUAGACUAUGGGGGCACUGGGCCGCUGGGCAGCGGUCACCACCACGGGCCAGGGCCUGGGGAACCGCACCCCACCUACACGGACCUUACCGCCCACCAUCCUUCUCAGGGAAGAAUUCAGGAAGCGCCCAAGCUCACCCACCUGUGAUGGUGGUCUUGGGGCUGUGUGCCAGGAGAGUCACCCACCCACCUUUCUUUUUUCUUCCUUUCCCUUUUUUUUUUUUUUUGGUUCUUCCUGCUCUCUCCCCCCUUUCUGUUUCCUCUGCACCCUUCCUUCAUUUUGUUUUUAUAGUUAUGUGACGUAGCAAUCUUGGUUGCUGGAAUGGCUGUCAGUAUCUAGCGAUAUCUACCCCCCCCCAACUAGGCUGCUGGCCCUGCACCCUUUACCCUCUCUAUUCUUUGAUCAGAAACAGGGUAUAUGAACAAAUGUUCUAGUCGAGUUUUCAAUGUGAAUUUGUUCGAACGUUAUGGCUCCCGAGAGGAAGCAAUUGCGAUUUUUUUAAGUUUUAGUUUUUUAAAUUGCACUUCUUGUAAUGAGCGAGAAAAAAAAAAAUCAAAGGCGCUUUGAAACAGGGGCUGCCUUGCAAAGAUGACUAAGUGUGCGUCUUUUCGUGUGUGUAUGCUGGUGAACAGUCAGACUUAUUUAUAUUUUUUUGCAAGCAUUGAAUAGUUUUAAGUUUUACAUAUUAUUUAUCCCCAUCCGUUCGUAUUUAUAUUAAAAAAUUCUGUACCCUGAUUGUUCAGAAGGUUUCUUGGGCCUUUUGUUCAGUGGUGUAUUGGCAUACAUAGAAACAUUUAUUUGAAAGGGAAAUAUUCCUUUAUAAUAAUGGUAAUGAUGCAAUAAAACCAGAGAGGAUCCAGCGUUUAAAACAAUGGUUUAAGUUUGUAACAUCCGGCAAAACCGAAAAAAAAAAUCAUCUGUAAACGUAAAAAUGCUAGAUUUGUUUUGAGAAUUUUACAUUCCUUGCUGCUCACAUUCUGAGGGAAAAAAAAAUAAAGUUUUUAUUCUGAUUAA